AUGAAGUACGACGUCAAGAGAUGGUGCAAACGGUGUAACGUAUGGCCCGGUAGAAAUACAGUCAAACGGCAUAACCGAAAGCUACUCCAGUCACAUCCAGCUGCAUACCCGAUGAAACAAGUAUUGGUGGGCACAUUGGGUCCACUGUCCACCACGGAGCAGGCAUAUUUUGGUGGUACGCGACAGUUUUACACGCCGGAGGCGUGCGCGUUGCCCAAUCAGGAAGCCAUUACAGUCACCACCAGGUUUGACAAUGAAUUUAGUUUCGUCGAUAUGGUUGCCGAGUGCAAUUGA